UUUUUUGUUAGAUUCGUGAAAAUAUAUGAGAGACGAAAUGGUGUGGCAAAGUGCCGCUAAAGUCGCAAAUCUUCAAGAUUUUCCGAGCUAAUAGUCCAGAUUUUGAAUAUGGGGGGCAAAGAAUCCAAAAGUUGCCCCGUUUCGUAUGAGGAGGCCUUGAAUCGAGCCUCUGAAGCGGAGGUUCGAAGACUUCGGGAUGCGUUUCGGCGAUGCGUCUCUGGAAAUGGAAACCUGAACUUGAGUUCUUUUCAAGCUGAUGUCCUGGGUGGAUCCGUACCUCGUCCUCUUGCUGAGCAGCAAGUGUUCUUGAACAUAUGUGGCGGGAAAGGCAUGUCAUUUAAAGAUUUGCUGUGUCUGUUGGUCGUCAUCACGAGUGGAAACCGGAUGGAAAGAGCGCAGCUCCUGUUCAAUCUGUACUCCAAUGAGAAUGGAGUAGUGCCUUACGAGACCCUGUAUCGGCAUGCCUUGGAUGAAGACCGAGAAUAUCUUUCUCGAAUGCGGAAUGCGUCACCGCUUUCGUUUCCAGAGUUUUAUAGACUUCUGCUUGCGAGGCCUGAUGUCACCGUCAUGACUAGAUGGCUGCUUAGUUCAGCACAACUUACUCUUUCCGAUGAUCACGAAACUCCAACUUUUUACCAAACGCUUGCUGGAGUUACGCAUUAUGGAGAUUUUUCGGGCGUUCUAGUGGAGGAGAGGGAAAUUAUGAACCUGGAAAAAAAGUACUGGUCCUUCAACGGAAGACUAGAUGAAGAAACAUUCGGCCGCUUGAUUUCUCCACCAUUGCCUGACGACUUGAAAUCGCUUUUAUUCCGAGCUUUUGAUGAGAAUCGAGACGAUCAUAUUGACUUCAAAGAGCUGGCAUGCGGUGUUUCAGCUGCAUGUGCUGGACCGAUUGCUGAGCGCCAUAAAUGUACGAUUCCAAGGGAAACGCAUUUGCCCACAGUUUGCUUCAAAAUGUUUGACAUGAAUGGAGACGGUGUCCUGGAUUUGGAGGAAUUGAGGUGCAUGGCCCGUGGAUUAUUGCAAAUUCGCGUUGAAGUCCGACGUGGUGACUUCGCCAGUUCGUUUACUCUUCAAGAUUGUGUCAUCAAAGACUGUAGGUCAUGCCCACGGUCUAGUUUUUCGCGAUUGCGUAAUUUUCCUCAACUCUUUGCAGGUGAUGUCGAUGACAUUGUUGAAGUCGUUUUGGAAAGUCGUCAUGAUAAAGAAACGUCGGUAUCCUUGCAAGAUUAUCUCGUUUGGGCCAUAUCAACUCCUUUGACAGUCAAUUUUCUCUCAUUGCUGCGCGAGAUAUGUAUUGUAGUACUCGGAUUACCGCCAUCCGAUCGCCAAGAAGAAGGUAGAGUUGUUUCCCGAUGGAUUAGCCGUGAGGGCCGCCGAGGUCUUCGUGCGGGAACCUUCUGGUAUCUUAUCGACGCAAAAUGGUUCAAAGACUGGUUGGAGUACGUGAACAGUGCUGUUGUGUCAUCCGGAGGCAACCAAGGAAGUGACGCUCUAACAGCUCCUGCCACAUCGGGUACCUCAGUGAGCUUGUCGUCCACGAACAGCAGCCCCGCUGGAAGUCUUUACGGAAGUCUCAAGCGUGGCACGGUUGGCAAAAGGUUAACUUCAUCUACUCUGGCUUCGGACUCGGAUUCCGGAGUUAUUAUGACUUCUUGCCAAGUGUUCAACGCUGAUGAGCUUUCACCUGUAAAUUCUUUGUCGGUCCUGUCGCCCAGCUGUUUUCCAAGGAACAAUCCUAGUCGAAGCCCUAGUCCGGCACCUUCUCCAAAAAUGUGCAGGAGAACUCCUCCAAGUUCUCCGUCGUCAGUCGCACCACCCUCCCGACCCCCGCCUAUUGAAAAUUCGGGGUUGUUAGCGGCCAAUACAGCUAAGACCGUGGCCAUCACUGGGGAAGGGGGACGAUUACGACGAGUGCCACCUUUGGAAAGAACUCGGGAUUACGAGUUGAUUCCUGAUGCCAUCUGGAAGGCUUUUAGUCUGUGGUACGGUGGUGGGCCUGCUUUACCUCGCCAGGUGAUCUACAAAUCGCCUGCAUCGGAUGAUCUAGAGCUCGAGUUGCAUCCAAUUUUUUUCAAGCUGUGGCGACAUCAGGCUGUGAAGAAGCCUGUUGGCAAUGGCGUCGCUUCACCUUAUGCUUACGGUGAUGCAGCGCAAUCUAGUCUCUUUUCCACGUAUGGAUUGAUGGCGGGUUAUUCUCCAGCUGCUAUGGGUAGCGGAGGACUGAAUUAUUUCCCAGCAUUGAACUCGAUUCCUCGCCGUUACCUUGCGUAUGUCGCUGCUUUCAGUCGCUCUGCCACGUGGCAACAAGUCAUGACUUACCUGUGUAACAGACUGCGUUUACAGCCUGAAGAUGUACGCCUGUGGCUUUUCAAGGAUGAGAAUAAUUUGACAUUAAUCGAAGACGAGUCAUGUUUGUUGGAGCAAGCAAAUUUGCUGGAAGAAGAGUCCAUCCUCGUGGAAGUGCGCGAUAAGGACCAAACGUGGCCAGAGGAGAUGUCGUUGUUGGCGAAGAACCCAGAAGUCAAGAUUCGUUCACCUCAACCGUUGGCAGCUGGUGCUACUGGACUGAAUAAUUUGGGUAACACCUGCUUCAUGAAUGCCGCAUUGCAGUGCGUUUCGAAUACUCCUCCAUUGACGAAAUACUUUCUGCAAGACAUGCAUUUAUACGAGUUGAACAGGACAAAUCCCUUGGGCAUGAAGGGUCAUGUUGCCAAACGGUAUGGAGAUCUGAUAAAGGAGAUUUGGAAUGGCUCUUCGAAAACGUUAGCUCCGAUCAAGUUGAAGACCACUAUCGGACGUUAUGCACCACGGUUCAACUGCUUUCAGCAACAAGAUUCUCAAGAGCUACUUGCAUUUCUACUGGAUGGAUUGCAUGAAGACUUGAAUCGGGUACAUGUGAAGCCAUAUGCCACUCUGAAGGAUAGUGAUGGUCGUCCUGAUGUGGAAGUAGCUCAAGAAGCUUGGGAAAAUCAUAUAUUGAGAAAUAAAAGUAUCAUCGUGGAUCUUUUCCAUGGCCAGUUGAAGUCAAAAGUGACGUGUAAGGUUUGCGGUCACGACUCCGUCAGAUUUGAUCCAUUUACCUACCUUACGCUUCCUUUGCCAAUGGAGAACCUGCUGCGAGUUGAAAUCAUUCGUACCCGUCAUGUUGUCUUUCUAGUGAUUUUCUGCGAAGGGAAAACUCCAGUCAAGUUUGGCGUGAGGGUCGAGUAUGGAUCAACAUUUGCAUCCGUCAAAAAAGCGCUGGAGGAAAUAUCCGGGGUCUCAGGAGAUCGCAUGCUAUUUGUACAACUGAGUGGGCCUGUGAUCAAGGAAGUUAUUGAUGAUGAUGCCAAAGUGAGGGAUUGGAGCUCCAUCCUCAAUUCUGGAACGCUCUUCGCUUAUGAGCUUCCUGAAUCUAGAUCAUCUGAGGUGUUUCCUAGAUCUGCUGCACCACCUCUACGCACAAACGGGCAUAUACCGAACGAUUCGGUGAGCAAACACCUUGUUCGCCGAAAUGAAGGAAGCGCUUUAAAUUUACCUGAGAUUCGUGGUCCAGGGAUCGCUGUUGCCUUUCACAGGAAAACCUUGAGACAAGACGUGUACUUCCUUUCUGUACAUAAAACAAAAGCGAGCUUGUUUGGUGUUCCCCUCGUCAUCCCCUUUCCAAAAGGCAUUACGAAUUUGGAACUUUAUGAGGCAGUGUGGGUGCGAGUGUCCAGGCUUGUGUCUCCUGCUCCUGUUGUCGAUUCUUCUUGUGCGAAUCACGCUCAAGACUGUGUACAUGACGACAGCUUAGGUUACGAAUUCCCAUUCAGUCUGAAAGCCGUGAAUCCCGAUGGAUCUGCUUGCGCCUGGUGUCCGUGGUACGAGUUCUGCAAAGGCUGUUCCAUCCCGCCGAAUGAAGCUGCCUUUAUCAACCCGAGCCCUGCGAGUGUGUCGAAUCCGAAGGGAUUUUUGUACUUCGCCGUCGACUGGGAUACAACUGCCAUUCAUCUGCGCUACCAGGCAGCUCUGGAGAGGGCGUUUGACACUGACGAUUCUGUAGCACGGACUGAGAAUGAGCAGAAUGAACCCAUUUCCCUCGAUCGGUGUCUGGAAGCGUUUACGAAAGAAGAAGAGCUUGGAGAGAACGAGAAGUACUUCUGUACCUUCUGCAAAGUUCAUCAGCUCGCAAAGAUCAAGUUGGAAAUCUGGCGACUUCCACCUGUCCUUAUCAUCCAUUUGAAACGCUUCCAAUUCGUUGGCAACCAAUGGAUGAAGUCUCACAAACUGGUCCGAUUUCCAUUUCGAGAUUUCGAUCCGCAUAAAUUCUUGGCGUCCGUUCCACGAACUACCAUAGAUCGACAGAAGGUUGCCCGUGAUGUUGAGGGCGUUGAAGGGUCCAUUGAGGACAGCACGGGUAACUCUUCCUAUUCUGAGCAUGAUCUAGUCAAUGAUCUGGUUGACCUCCGGCGAACCAUCACAAUGAACGGCGAUGCCUUGAAUGGUUCCGUGUCCGAAAAAAGCAAUCGACAGCGUUUGGACUCCGUCACUAAGUGUGCCCUGAAUUCAGCAGCUCCCCAGGAUUUCCAUCAGCAUAAACUGAGAAAUGGUGCCGAUCCUUUCGACCUUGCGUAUGACCUAUAUGCCGUUAUCAAGCACAGUGGCAUCAUGGGAGGAGGUCAUUAUACUAGCUACGCUAUGAAUGGAGCGACUCGAAACUGGUACUUCUACAACGAUAGUUCUUGCAAGGAAGUAUCAGAGUCGCAGAUCGAUUGUGAUUUGGCAUAUAUUCUCUUCUACGUGCGAAGAGAUUUGGACGAAGCACAGUAUCUUCCGCAUGUGCCAUCAAAUGCGAAAUUGCCGGAUUUGUCCGAACUCGAGGAUGAGCUCGAAACGGACUACCGAAAGUACUGCAGCAUUGUCUGAGUUUCUGAGAAUCGAACAAUGCGGGCUUCUUCCAAGCACCGAGGUGAACAGUGGUCGUUCAAGUCGAACAUAUCUUAUCGGAAAAAAUUCCUUUUUUUAUAAAACGGAGCCAGUCUGCUGAUUGUUUUAUGUUUGAAAUCAAGCGGUGCAAUACGGAAUAGUGCUUGGUUUGGAUGUUACGCGAAAGGAUGUUAGGAGUAGCAUAUAUUUUGUUGCUGUUUGAUUCUGUGAAUUGUGCAUCGAAACGAACGGUAAGUUUUCGACGGAUCAUUGUUGCGAGAGAUUUUAAAGCGAUCGGAGCUGUGAGUUUGGUCAGCAUGCAUUCUGCUUCACGGGUAACAGGAUAGCAGUUAAUUCACGUGGAACAUCUCUUGUCUUGCCUCGUGUCUGAGUUUUGGAUUUUUUCAUUUAUUUGAUCUCUUCGUCGACCAUUCCGAAAGGCUUUUGUGGAAUCCGCGCCUGCACAAGGUAGAGUGUUGAUGCACACAAUUUUUCCGUGGAUGGGGGUUCAUUUUUUUUUAUUUGUGCUCCUUGAUUGCGUUUGCACUCGGUUUUUACUUGCGUUUAUUUUUUGGGACGAUGAUUUCCCUGCGCUGUGUUGACAUCUUUUUUUUUUUUCGCCUGG